CGGGAUUGGAGGAGAGAGGCAAACGGGCGGGCAGCGCUGGCACAAACCUGUCACUCAGAAUCCCCCCCCCCCCACACUUCCACUCCAGAGAUCGGGAAAGUGAUCGAGAGACGCUGCACUUGAAGCCAGGCUUCCACAACCCCCGUCGGUAUCCUUCUGUCAGCACACAACGGUAUCCUCUGCAAAGAAACAACCGCACCUCAAUCCAGAAUGGCCACCAUCACCUGCACGCGCUUCACUGAGGAAUACCAGCUCUUCGAAGAACUGGGCAAGGGAGCCUUUUCAGUGGUGCGCAGAUGCGUGAAGGUGCUGUCAGGGCAGGAGUAUGCAGCCAAGAUCAUCAACACCAAGAAACUCUCCACCAGGGAUCACCAGAAGCUGGACAGAGAGGCCAGGAUCUGCAGGCUGCUGAAGCAUCCCAACAUCGUGCGACUCCAUGACAGCAUCUCUGAGGAGGGGCACCACUACCUUAUCUUUGAUCUAGUGACUGGAGGAGAGCUCUUUGAAGACAUUGUGGCCAGAGAAUACUACAGUGAGGCGGAUGCCAGUCAUUGCAUCCAGCAGAUACUCGAGGCAGUGCUUCACUGUCAUCAGAUGGGAGUUGUCCACAGAGAUCUCAAGCCUGAAAAUCUUCUGCUGGCCUCCAAGUCUAAGGGUGCUGCUGUGAAGCUGGCGGACUUUGGCCUGGCCAUAGAGGUGGAGGGAGACCAGCAGGCGUGGUUUGGUUUCGCCGGCACACCUGGAUACCUGUCCCCCGAGGUGUUGCGGAAGGAUCCCUACGGAAAGGCAGUGGAUCUGUGGGCGUGUGGUGUCAUCCUGUACAUCCUGCUGGUGGGAUACCCUCCAUUCUGGGAUGAGGACCAGCACAGACUGUACCAGCAGAUCAAGGCUGGGGCCUAUGACUUCCCCUCUCCUGAGUGGGACACUGUCACGCCCGAGGCGAAGGACCUCAUCAACAAAAUGUUGACCAUCAACCCUGCGAAGCGCAUCACUGCCUCCGAGGCCCUCAAGCACCCCUGGAUCUCGCACCGCUCGACUGUGGCAUCCUGCAUGCACAGACAGGAGACCGUGGAGUGCCUGAAGAAGUUCAACGCCAGGAGAAAGCUGAAGGGGGCCAUCCUUACCACCAUGCUGGCGACGCGGAACUUUUCAGGAGGCAAGAGCGGGGCCAACAAGAAGACAGACGGGGUGAAGGAAUCUUCAGAGAGCACCAACACAACCAUCGAGGACGAGGACACUAGAGUGAGGAAACAGGAGAUCAUCAAAGUGACAGAGCAGCUGAUUGAGGCUAUCAGCAACGGGGACUUUGAGAGCUACACGAAGAUGUGCGACCCCAGUGUGACAGCCUUCGAACCUGAGGCCUUAGGGAACUUGGUGGAGGGCCUGGACUUCCACCGCUUUUAUUUCGAGAACCUGUGGUCGAAGAACAGCAAGCCGGUCCACACUACCAUCCUGAACCCCCACAUCCACCUGAUUGGGGAGGAGGCAGCCUGCAUCGCCUACAUCCGCAUCACCCAGUACAUCGACACCAACGGCAUGCCGCGCACCGCCCAGUCCGAGGAGACCCGCAUCUGGCACCGGCGUGACAGCAAGUGGCAGAUCGUGCACUUCCACCGCUCGGGCGCGCCCUCCGCCAUCACCAAGUAAGCCCGUUCGCUGAUCUCCUGAGCUGGAGGAAUUGAAUAAGACAUGUCUCCAUGACGACAGUCAUCAGUUACUUGUGUGGGGACGGCGUGGCCCCCACCUGUCUGUGGAACCUCGCCUCCUGCAUCUCAUCACUGACUUCAAACACAUUUACACUUUCACUCCAUCGAUAUGAAUGGCACCAUUACAAUAACAAAAAUGCAUUAUAUACAUAAAUAUAAGCAUACACUAUAUAUAGCCAGUCUAGCUUUAGAUAUAUAGACUUCAUCACACCAUUUUUUCUUCUCCUCCGCUUUCUCUCCCUCUGUUGUUUCUCUGUUUUCUCUUUCUCAGUAGAGGCAUGAUUUAUUCCUAACAGGUAUCUUUAUUGAUUUUUUGCAACUUUACAAACCCACACCUUGCUUGAAUUUUACGGUUUAGCAUAGGCUAAUGGCAGCAGUCUUGAUUCACCUGCGGCAUCCGCAUCUCACGGACGUCUCACCCAGUCUCGUCUCAUUCGAAAGCAGCACCUCGUCACACGCAGCAAUACCAUAGUUUCCACACUCAACCGCAGCGCGACACGUCGCCAGUUUCAUCCAGGAAGAUACGAGAUGAGGUGAAAGAGAAAGGACACUUUUCUUAAUUGAUUGUGCGUAGGCUUCCUGCUGUAUAAAGGAGUUAUUGAACUGUAUGUGUUUUUUAAAAAAUGUUUCUAUAUCGGGCAGAAGUGCUGAUGUGGCCCGUUGAUAAUUCAUUAUGUUGUGUGUAUUAUUCCCUUGAAUGCAAACGUUUCCAUUUUUUAUUGCAGUGAGGAGGAUCUGAUCCCUCAGCUUAGAGCUGUAUAAAAAAUGGGGUACAUAUACCUUCACCCACCAAGUGAAUGUGAGAAUAUAGCUGCCACUCAACAAGCAGGUUUAGGAAUGAACGGUCAUGACUGGUCGAUGUUAACACUACAACCGCUUGACCUCGCGGAAAGGAUUAUGAUGCAAGAUCAUUAUUAAACAUCAAUCCAAAACUGCAUGAAAACAGUUUCCCAGCCAAAACUCAUUUUAAAGAUAUGUAAAACAGUUUUUGCAGUGUAAAACCACCUACCUCUUGUAGGUCCAUCACUCCCUUCCAAGACCAUCACUACCUUGGGGUGGUGCAUGCUGAAUUUCUAGGCUGAAAAAUGAGUGGAUUUUUGUUUUGAUUUUUUUUUUUUUUUUUGACGACAUUGCACAAACAGAAUCAGGUAUCGUCAGUGUGAAUACUGGGGAGUGUUCCAGGCACUUUGUACUUGUUCUUCCAGUGAAGAUGCUGAGUUAUGUUGAUUCUCCCUCGCCACAGUGCUGUCAGUGGAUGUGGUGUCGUGGGAUCGUGAUUGGACAGCUGGCAUGGCAGAGUUCUCUCUUGAGGGAGAUAUAUUAUGUGCUCCGCUCCGUGUGUAUCAGGCUUAAAAAUGAGAAGCAAUCUGUGAGAAGCCAAUGAAACAUGAAAUGAAGAGAUUUUUUGCAAUAAGGAGUUGGUGUUUUUUUUUUUAACACAGCGGUGUUGUCACAUUCAGAUUUGACGUGGUUUGUAAAAGUGGAGUUUUGUGUGAAUUCACGCUGUGUAGCGCCAGGCUCAUGAUUGGUGUGGUUCCUUACCCAUGUCAGCACAUUACCACAGACACUGCAAUGCCAUCUGUUAUUAAAUUGCAUGGCUAGGAUGAUGGUAGUUGCACACUAUAUUUAACUUGUUUAAUUUUGUUUUAUUCUCAGUUGUGCAAGGUGAACAUCGGAAUGUACUCUUAUUUAAAUAUAUAUUACAUUAUAUAUCUAUAUAUAUUAUAUAUACAGUAUUAUAUAUCUUGUUUUUUGGGGGAUGGGUGGGUGUAUGCACAUUUGAAGUGAGAAUUAAAAAGAAUUUGUACUAUGAAAAAAAUUGUUUAUGUAAAGCUUCUUACAUUAUUGUAUUAGUGCAGAUUCACAGGUAAAAAGGUGACUGUGUGGAUUUCUCAGAGAUGAAGCCAGCUAUUCACUAUGAAUGUUCCAGUGGCUGUAUAAUGCACUACAACAGAUACCAAUAUGAUCUGGUUAUACGGUAUCUGAUGACAGGGUUAAAGUGAUCACAGACUUCCCAAACGAAUCUUGAUACCUCCCCAAAUCAUGUAAUUAAACUCAGACAUACCCACACAUACCGACAAAUGGAAACACUUAUUCUCAUACGUAAAUGUGAGAUACACAAGUGCUGACACUCAGAAGCACAGACAUAACCACACACACACACACACGCACACACACACACACACACACACACACACACACACACAUACAUACAUAUUCACAAAACAAAAUGACUAGUAGAAGAUGAAUUAUGAGUUGAAGCUGUACAGGUUUUGUGAUUAUCUUUUAGAUGCUCUGUGUACAUAUUUUCAUGUAUACUGAAUGGCAAAUUAUGAAUUGGGGUGGGGGUGGGGGUGGGGGGUUAAAGCCUAUUUGCUUGUUUUGUAGUCGACAUUGAUAUUUUAUAUGGCUUAUUAUACAGAUUGUAUACUUGUUUUUUAUGAUAGUUUUAGUCUUUGGUGUGAAAAUGGACACUGUUGCUUUAAUACCAGAACUUCCAACUGAACGGCUUUUUUGAUAUUUUUGCCUUUUGUUGUCAUUUCUGUGCCAGUGAAAUUGUCCUCAAAGUAUUAGGAGGUCAUAUUGAGUAAACAAGGAGUGGGACUAACAUAAGGUCAAAUCUGAAUAUACUUUGGUCUCAAAUGUACAGCACUUUUGUUUAUGUUCACGCAUGCAGUUUUUACUGUUCCAAUGUCAGUGUGUGUUGUUCAAAAGACAGUUUGAGACGGUGAUCUGAAAAUCAAUAAAACAUAACUCUGAAACUAAACUGAAAAAUGAAGUC